AUGGCAGUAAAUAGCUUUGAAGGUAAAGAUGAACCCAGCAGUUACACGUGUACAACAUGUAAACAGCCAUUCAACAGCGCCUGGUUUCUCUUGCAACAUGCACAGAAUACUCAUGGAUUAAGAAUCUACUUAGAAAGUGAACAUGGAAGUCCUCUGACACCGCGGGUUGGUAUCCCAUCAGGACUAGGUGCAGAAUGCCCUUCUCAGCCACCACUCCAUGGGAUUCACAUUGCAGACAAUAAUCCUUUUAAUCUUCUUAGAAUACCUGGGUCAGUCGCGAGAGAAGCAUCAGGUCUUGGAGAAGGGCGUUUCCCUCCCACACCUCCUUUGUUUAGUCCCCCUCCAAGACAUCAUUUGGAUCCACAUCGCAUAGAACGCCUAGGUGCUGAAGAAAUGGCUCUUGCAACCCAUCACCCCAGUGCCUUCGACAGGGUGCUGCGACUCAACCCCAUGGCCAUGGAGCCUCCAGCAAUGGAUUUCUCCAGGCGGCUUAGGGAGUUAGCUGGAAACACCUCUAGUCCACCAUUGUCACCGAACCGGCCCAGCCCUAUGCAAAGGUUACUACAACCAUUCCAACCAGGCAGCAAGCCACCAUUUCUGGCAACACCUCCUCUUCCUCCUCUUCAGUCUGCUCCUCCUCCUUCUCAGCCUCCUAUCAAAUCCAAGUCCUGUGAAUUUUGUGGGAAAACCUUUAAAUUUCAGAGCAACUUAGUUGUCCAUCGUAGAAGCCACACUGGAGAAAAACCCUACAAGUGCAACCUUUGUGACCAUGCAUGCACUCAAGCAAGCAAGCUAAAACGCCACAUGAAAACACACAUGCACAAAUCCUCCCCAAUGACUGUGAAGUCAGAUGAUGGCCUCUCAACAGCCAGUUCCCCAGAGCCCGGAACCAGUGACCUUGUUGGCAGUGCUAGCAGUGCCCUCAAAUCUGUCGUGGCUAAGUUUAAAAAUGAGAAUGAUUCCAAUAUUAUUCCAGAAAAUGGGGAUGAAGAAGAGGAAGAAGAGGAGGAGGAGGAGGAAGAGGAGGAAGAAGAAGAGGAGGAAGAUUUGACUGAAAAUGAAAGGCCAGACUAUGGGUUUGGCAUCAAUCUAGAAGCAGCUCGGCACCAUGAAAACAAUUCCCGGUCUAUUGAGGAGAAUCGUUCUAUCCCGGAUGUCAUGCAAGGGAUGGUCCUGAGUUCCAUGCAGCACUUCAGUGAGGCUUUCCAUCAGGUUCUUGGUGAGAAACAUAAACGAGGGCUCUUAUCUGAAUCUGAGGUGCAUAGAGAUACAUGUGAUGAAGACUCAGUAGCUGGUGAAUCUGAUCGCAUCGAUGAUGGUGCUAUUAAUGGUCGGGGGUGUUCCCCUGGUGAAUCUGCCUCCGGAGGUUUGUCCAAAAAGCUGCUCUUGGGUAGCCCAAGCUCCCUAAGUCCUUUUUCUAAACGCAUCAAACUUGAGAAGGAGUUUGACCUUCCCACGACAGCUAUGCCUAACACUGAAAAUGUUUACUCCCAGUGGCUAGCUGGGUAUGCUGCUUCUCGGCAGCUAAAAGAUCCAUUCCUCAACUUUGGAGACUCCCGACAAUCGCCUUUUGCUUCCUCCUCAGAACACUCCUCUGAAAAUGGAAGUUUACGCUUCUCGACGCCUCCCGGGGAGAUGGAUGGAGGGAUAUCAGGCCGCAGCGGUACAGGAAGUGGAGGGAGCACCCCGCAUAUUAGUGGUCCAGGCCCUGGAAGGCCUAGUUCAAAAGAGGGCAGACGCAGCGACACUUGUUGGCGUAGCGCCCAGGGAACUCCCGAUGUAUGGCAAAUUCCGGAUGGAAGCUCAAGGACGCUUAAAUUCUGAGAGAAUUUGAAACGCAAUGGGGAUUUGCGCCACGUAUGUGCCAUCCAACUGGGGUUGGCUGUUUGGUUAGUUUCGUGAUGCUACCUGACUGAACAGCAUCAAAAGCAGGAUCUUUGCAGACACCCCUCUGCCACCUGUCCAGAAGACUUUCUAUUUAUAUAUUUUUAACAAAAUAGCAAACCACAUCAUUGGGGAAAAAUCUUUCAUCAAGGGCUUUCUUAUAUAUAUCUAUAUUCCUUUUAUUUGACAAUCUUGUAUGCCAUUUUGUUUCUAGAAUGGCAAUGGGAAAGCCACCUAAAAUAAUAGUGAUCCAAUAAACAAGACGUUAUUAAAUCAAAUUACCUUUUACUCAGGCACAUCUACAUUUCUCAUUUAUGAUGUCCAAGGCCUGAAAGAACACACAUUUUAACCUUUAAAGUUCAGGAAGGCUUUUUCUCUGGACCUUUGAACUGCUACAUGAGUCACAGAGCAGGCUGUAGUUGAGUUGGGGUGGGCACCCUAUGGGUUGCAUGUGACUCCCAAGUUCACUUUUUGCAAUUUGCUGAGCCUGUCAAGAUUAUACAAUCAACAUUUGGUGGAAACUACCAAAUAAUGAUGGUGCCAAUUCUCAAUGAGAAUACAUGAAAAUAGGUGUAUUAAUUUCUGAUGGAUUUAAUGCACUUAUCAGAUUUUAUUCUUCCCAGCCCCUCCCACCAACAGAAAAUCUUUCUUCUCUGGUGAUGCUAUUAUGUUACUGCACAAUCCACUGCAGCUGUAAAAACCAAGGUCCUUGGCCAUGGAAAAGUUGCAAGACUUAAACAGAUUAAUUUUAUGAGGUCUGGUUCAAUAUAAAAUAAUUUCUUGGACUUUACUUACUUCAGCAUAAAGAGAUCUCUCUCUUUUUAAAGUAUAUGCUGAAUAUUUCAAGGCCAAUUUUAGGAAUAUCUGACUGGAACUUUUUAUCCACUUUGUUUAACACCUAUUCUUCACUAAUGGAGAAUGGCAGAAGGGAGAGCACAGUAAACAGGAACUCUUGUGGCAACAUCUAACAUAGCCAAUGCUUGCAAUGACAUAAUGGUGUGCCAGCUGAUGUCACACGUGGAACAACUGCUCCCAUUGAUUUCUGCUGGUUGAUUUUGUGCAUACUAGUAGCCAAAACUCAAUGUAAAAGCAACAUGUCAUAGUGCAACAUGUCUUCCCUAACUAGUAGAAGUGGAAUACUAUUAUUUAGCCCUUUGAAAGUUUUAAUCAAGUGCCUGUUAGUUAAAUAUGAUCAAACAUUAAGUCCAAUCAUGGAAAUGGCCAUCUUCUUUUCACAGAAUACGUCCCAGUGUUUCUUAAGGGAAUAUUUGAAUUGCAACUCCCUUUAGAGUGCUUUUCUUCCUUCUAGUGAAGCUCCAUAGUUUUGCUUUUCCCAUAAGAUACAUGCUAUAAGUUGUUUGAACAAGAAAAGAUUUAAAGAGAAGCAGAAAGCUGGCAGAAGCAGCCACUGCAAUGGCACACAUCCUGACUAUCUAGGGGUCUGAAAUACAUUUGGAGCCUGAUCUUUUCUUAUAGUAUCAUUUCUCAUACCAGUUCUUUGUGUGAACUGGUAUGGGAAGACAACUGGUGUCCUCUUUUUUAUUACAAUUCCCACCAUCCUUUGCUGAUAGGAAGUGCUAAAAUAUUUGGGAGAAGCAAUUUGUCUACCCUUGUUGAAAAAUUAAUAGAUGGACAGAAAUAAAAUGGGCUUGAAAUCCAAGAAUUUGAAGGAAGGCUUAAACUAAUUGAAUUCCCUGUGAUGUAAGAAAUUAAGAGCCAAAGUAACUCCUGCAGAUUAUUUUCCCCUCUAUCUGGAGAUCUCCAGUGAAGCAGAAUCACUUACCUUCCAGAUGCUUGGUUCCAUUAUCAAGCUUCUCUUAAGGACAAGAGGUUUUUACUAGUGCAGAACUGAAAUCUCAUCCUCCAUGAUAAGUCUGUUGUGCUGCCUUGACCAACAUGGAAUAUACCUUUUCUAUCUUUUGAUAGUCCUUAAGAUUUGAAUUCCAAUGAUUAAUUACAAAUCAUUGAUCCAGUAAUUUUGGUAUCCUAUGCUAUAUUGACAGGCAACAUAACUUGGUAUUUCAGAGGAAGUCUCUCUUUAUCUGGAGAUCCUCCCAAAUUACUACUUCAAAGUUUUGCUUGCUCUUGGUUAUAGCUGAUUAGUACAUUUUUACUCCAUGCCUAGGAUCUACAAAGAGUCUGGAUUGAGUACUGGAGAAAGAAGCAAGGAAUUUUGUAUACUCAAAUCUUAUUUUCUGGCAGUUAAUUUUCCCACAGAGGGCAGUUCUUUCAAAGGACAAGUGAAGCUGGGUCAUUACUACUAUUUUUUCCUGCAACCUAAAUUAAUUGGGGAAAGGAUAGUUCUGACAGAUGAUAAAAUAGCACAUGGGAGCCAGAGAAGGAUAGACACAUAAUUCUUUUCAUCUCAAAAAACUAUUAGGACUUUCUAUGCUUUCUCUGUACCACUUCCAAACAGACACACAGUUUCUCUUGUGAAAGGGAUUUGUGCACAAAACAGAUUUACAGCAAUCCAUACCAUUGCUAAAUUUGUGGUUGCUUAAAAAAAUAGGCAGGAGAAAGAGAUUAAUCCAUUGCUGAUGCCAUUCUCCUGAUUUGAAGAGGGCCAUUGGCAGUUGUUUAUAUUAGGAAGGAGGUCCCCAUUGGUAACAGAGUUCUCUACUGACGCAAAUAGUAGCAUCAGGAAUUUGCUAUUCAAGCUUGUGCUGAUUCAAACUUCUUACUUCUAAAAGGUCAAAUUGAUUGGAUUCAAACUUUUAAACCAAUCUGAAAAAUGAAUUUGAGUCAACCGUGGCAUUCAAUUUCAAAGUUAAAUUUAUAGAACCAUUUCCAAAUUAAAUCUCUGGAUAGUGUAUUUGCACAGCUCCAAUAGCUGUGUUUUGGGAACCAGUUACCUUGGUUGAUAACCUGAUGAACCUCAACAUAAUUGCCUAUAACAUAGGCCUAAAAGACACUGUAGUUUAAAAAAAUUCUGGAGAGAAUAAAAUUAUUUAAAAGUACAUCUGGCACAAAUAUUCCCCUCUCUGGAAGUGAUUUCUUUGCACCCAUCCACUGUUUUUUUUUGAGCCAAACUUGUAGAGAGAAUGGAGAGGGAAAUUGUAACAGUCCUCCAACACAAGACCAGGAGUGAUAUAUAAGUGUUAGGAUAUGUGAACACAGAGUAUGCUGGGAAAAUAUACUGUGCCCCCCCACCAUCACCAUCGGUCUCCAGUACGUGUAUCUGAAAGAUCUGAAAUGGAUGUGUUAGGUAUUCAGCUGAACUGCAUGAUCAGGAACUUUAUCAAAAUUUCUGCUAGUGAAAGCUUUAUAAUUAAGUUCAGCUACAUGUGCUACAUUUCCAUUUCAGAUCAUCCAGAUAAAUAAGGGGAUGUCACAGCAGAGGAAAUGAGGCUGAAGUAUGUUUCUUGUUAUCAUCCAUGCUUGUAAGUUUUUAGUGUCAGAGGAGGGCUUGGGAUGUGCACAGGAUUUAUAUAUGCCCUCCCUCAAAAAUUUGUAUAUGCAUGGGUUGCUAAGCCAGGUUUGUGAAUGUAACUGAUCGUUGCCCCAAUUGGGGGGAGGUAAAGGAGUCUGGUUGGUUUAUACCGAGCCAGCUCAUUGGUUUAUGUUGAUUACUGUCAAUGCUAUGCUAAGUGGCUGUGUUUCUCCUCCAGAGGUCCAAUCUAAUGCUAAUCCUUUUAACUGAAAGUACCAAUAACUGAACUAUGAGCCAUGUGACUAGCCAUGUGACUCUAAAUUAUCAUAAGUUUUUAAAAUCAGAUUAAACCAGAAACAACUUAUAUUUUCCCAUCCUACAAUUUACAGCUCUAGACAGCAUAUGUUUGCAGAAGUAUUGAAAAUCAUUAUUACAAUUCCAUAUUCUAGUCAUCACAUUGAUAUUCUUGCCUAAUUCUGUGUGGGAUUUCCAACUGUCUUAAUUUAUUAUUUGUGUGCAACUAAGUGAUGCUUAUUGUGAUGUAUUGCUUUUCUGUUGCUUAAGUAUGUA